GGUGGUGGGAGAGAAGACUGGAAAUCAGAAAGAAUACCAAAGAAAAAGAGAGAAAGAGAGAGGCCCAUUUGGCCAUUACCCUCUCAAUUUCUGAACAACGUUUUUGCUUUAGUUGUUGUUGCUAGCUUUUACAUCUUCUGUGAUGGGUUUUUUCUCUGAAUGAAUUCUCUUCUCUUCUUCCCACCACCAUUAUUCCCAUAGCAUGAUGAUUGUCAAGCUCUUUGCUUUCCUCCUCUUCUUUCUCUCCUCUGCUUCACUCUGUUUCUCCUAUGAGCCUCGCAACCAUGAAGUGGUGGCUUUGAUGAGCUUGAAGGGCAGUUUGAAUGAUCCUCAUGGGGUUUUAAACAACUGGGAUGGAGACUCUGUAGACCCAUGUAGCUGGGCUAUGAUCACUUGCUCAUCUGAGAAUGUUGUUGUAGGCCUAGGAGCUCCAAGCCAGUCCCUGUCUGGAACUCUAACCGCAGCUAUAGGGAAUCUCACUAAUCUCCGACAAGUGUUACUACAGAAUAAUAACAUAUCUGGUAAACUCCCAGCAGAGCUCGGUGCUCUUCCCAAGCUUCAAACUUUAGAUCUUUCCAAUAAUCAAUUCUCGGGUGUUGUUCCAGACUCUAUGGGUCAGUUGAAUGGUCUGCAAUACCUGAGGCUGAACAACAAUAGCUUGUUUGGGGCUUUCCCUGUGUCUUUAGCCAAAAUCCCUGGUCUUGCUUUCUUGGACUUGUCUUACAACAAUCUCAGUGGACCAAUACCCAAAUUUCCAGCCAGAACUUUCAAUAUUGUCGGAAACCCACUGAUUUGUGGAAGCAGCUCUACAGAAGGAUGCUCUGGAUCAGCCCCUGUUCCUCUUCCAUUAUCAUUGAAACCAUCACCUGGAAAACACAAGUCCAAAACAGUAGCAAUUGCACUUGGGGUGAGCUUCAGCUGUGCCUUUCUCAUGCUCCUAUUGCUUGGAAUCAUCUGGUACAGACAGAAGCAGAAGAGCCAAACCGUUUUGAACAUCAGUGACAUGCAAGAAGAGGGACUUGUGAGCUUAGGCAACCUCAGAAACUUCACUUUCAAAGAGCUUCAAGUUGCCACUGACCACUUUAGCUCCAAAAACAUACUGGGUGCUGGAGGUUUUGGGAAUGUGUACAAGGGAAAACUAGGAGAUGGGACUAUGGUAGCAGUAAAACGACUCAAGGAUGUAACAGGAACUGCUGGAGAGUCACAAUAUAGGACAGAAUUGGAAAUGAUAAGCCUAGCAGUGCACAGGAAUUUGCUCCGGUUAAUUGGAUAUUGUGCUACUUCUAAUGAGAGACUACUGGUGUACCCUUACAUGUCCAAUGGCAGUGUUGCCUUCAGGCUAAGAGGAAAGCCAGCUCUAGAUUGGAACACGAGGAAGAGAAUAGCAAUUGGAGCUGCAAGAGGUCUUCUGUAUCUACAUGAGCAAUGCGAUCCAAAGAUCAUACACAGAGACGUGAAGGCUGCAAAUGUUCUCCUGGAUGACUACUGUGAGGCAAUUGUUGGUGAUUUUGGGCUUGCAAAGCUCCUUGACCAUGGUGAUUCUCAUGUGACCACUGCUGUCCGUGGGACUGUUGGGCAUAUUGCACCAGAAUACCUUUCCACUGGCCAAUCGUCUGAAAAAACUGAUGUUUUUGGAUUCGGCAUUCUUUUGAUAGAGCUCAUAACUGGGAUGAGAGCUCUGGAGUUUGGUAAAACAGUUAAUCAGAAAGGAGCCAUGCUUGAAUGGGUGAAGAAAGUACAACAAGAAAAGAAAGUGGAGCUCUUGGUGGACAGAGAACUGGGGAACAAUUACGAUCGGAUUGAGGUUGGAGAAACGGUGCAAGUGGCUCUGCUGUGCACUCAAUACCUACCAGCUGACCGGCCCAAGAUGUCGGAAGUGGUCAGGAUGCUGGAAGGCGAUGGACUAGCGGAGAAGUGGGCAGCAUCACAUAAUCAUAAUAAAUCCAGCAUGGAACUCUUCCAUACCCACAACAGUAACAAAGGCACACCCCACCGUACUUGGAAUGUAUCAAAACAUGAUGGGAGUGAACGCAUGUUUGGCACUUCUAUGGAUGAGGAUGAUGGUGAGCAUUCUUUGGAUUCCUUUGCCAUGGAACUCUCUGGUCCAAGAUAGAGUAGGAACUACGAUGAUGAACAUAGAAGAAGAAAAAGGUUGGGUACUUUUUCCAGAAUUCAUUAUAAGAGAAACAAACCUAGGUGUGCGUGGGAAAUUAAAACCAUUGUGAUUCCAGCUUUGUGGGUUAUAUUAACAAAAAAAAAAAGGCUUUGUGGGUGGGUUAUUGUAAAUAUGACUUUAUAGUCUUGUUAUUAUUAGUAACAUGGUUAGGUAAUUGAAUUUGUCUUGUGUUGCAUUAUGGUAUAAAAAAAAGUGUAUUGAUU